AUGUUAGGCGGACACCAAUUUAUUGAUACCAGUGCCUUGUUCAUGGUGAAUUACACUUCGGACAAGGUCCACAUCACCAAAACACCACAAGAGAUGGCAGAGUCUGUUUCCGAUAGAAUUAUUCAAAUCAUCAAGGAGAAUGAUCAAGCCAACAAGCCUACUGUUUUGUGCUUACCAACAGGCUCAACUCCAAUUCUCACUUACAAGGCUCUUGUUGAAAAACACAAGAAGGGACUUGUGUCUUUUGAAAAUGUUGUUACUUUCAAUUUGGAUGAGUACUAUCCCAUGGAACCAACUCAUAAACAAUCCUAUCACUACUUUAUGAAUGAAAAUUUAUUUAAUCAUAUUGAUAUCAAGAGAGAAAAUGUUCACAUUCCAGAUGGAACUUUGAGUGAAGAUAAAGUGAAGGAGUUUUGUGUGAAUUAUGAGAAGAAGAUUAGAGAAUAUGGUGGUUUUGAUUUGGCAUUGUUGGGUAUUGGACGAACAGGUCACAUUGGAUUUAAUGAACCCGGAAGCCAUCUUUCAGACCAAACUCGAUUGGUCUUAUUGGAUCAAAAGACCAGAUUAGAUGCAGCACAAUCGUUCAAAGGAAUUUCUAACGUUCCAACCAAAGCCAUCACACAAGGUAUCAACACGAUUCUAAAUUCGAAAGAAGUUAUUCUCAUGGCCACUGGUGAAUCAAAGGCUGCCAUCGUUAAGAAGGCCAUGGAAUUCAAAUAUGAAGAUCCAUCCGAUUGUCCAGCUACAUUCCUUCGUGUUCAUCCAAAUUGCCAUUACUAUUUUGAUAUUGCUGCUGGUAAUUUAUUGAAAAUUGUUAAAACUCCAUGGCUUAUUGACAGAAAUUUCAAAGAUUGGACAUUUGAAUGGAAAAAGAAGGCAGUCAUUGAUUUGGCAAAGAAAACAGGAAAGGGUAUUUGUGAAUUGGGAUCUGAAGACUUUGCUCAAAAUGGUUUAACAAGUUUGUUGGCUCAUGAACAAUUCCAUACUGACAAAUUAUGUUUCAGCGUUUUCCAAGAUUUGAUGAAAAGAAUUGCAUUUGCUUCUGAAGAGUCUACGAUUGUUCCAGACAACAUUAACGAGCCAGUUUUAAUUUUCUCUCCUCAUCCUGAUGAUGAUGUGAUUAGUAUGGGAGCUAUGAUGCAUUGCAUUAUUUCAAAGAGAAAAGAAAAAUUGAGCCCUGAAGAACGUGACACAAAAGACAUUAAUGUGAAAGUUUGUUACAUGACUAAUGGAUCAGUGAGUGUUCAUGAAAACAAUGUAAAGAAUCAUUUAAGAUUUAGUGCUCUCACAGGCGAGGUUUUGGGUAAGGACGUCAUUCACAAAGAUGACGUUUCUAAAAUUUUGGAGAAGCAAGACAAGAAUGAUCCAGACAGUGAAUUACUCCAAAAAUUGAAGGCAAACAUUAGAAAAGCUGAAGCUAUGGACGCUGUUGAUGUUCUUGGAUUACAAGGAGAAAGAGAUUGUAUUUUCCUUGACUUGCCAUUCUAUAGAACUGGUAAAGUACAAAAGAAGCCACUUGGUCAAGAAGAUAUUGACAUGAUUAAGGAUUUGAUUAAUCAACAGAAACCAAAGCACGUUUUUAUUGCAGCUGACCUUUCAGAUCCAAAUGGUACUCACCGUGUUGUGUACAGAGCUAUCAAAUUUGCUUUAGAGCAAAUGGGUGAUCAAGUUCAUGAUGUCACUUGUUGGUUGUACAGAGGAGCAUGGCAAGAAUGGGAUGUUGAUGAAGCUACUUACUUUAUUCCAUUCACUAAAUAUCAAAUGGAUUUAAAGAUUGACGCUAUCUUUAAACAUCAAUCUCAAAAAGAUAGAGCCUUAUUCCCUGGUGAUGACGCAAGAGAGUUUUGGCAGAGAGCGAAAGAUAGAAACACUGAAACCGCUCGAGAGUUAGGGUCUUUAGGUCUGCCCAAGUUCUUUGGAGUUGAAGCUUAUGUUGCAGUGAAGCCAGAUUCCAUUCCAGAAUAA